AUUUUAUGGGACACACUCCUCUUUGCAACCUCUUUACUUACUUCAAUUGACCACCACCACCGUUUUUCUCAACUUUGCCAUUCAUCUUACGGGCUUCCUAAAAUUCCUAUACAGAACUUUUCCACUUCCUCCCACUAAAUUCCAGACAUCAUGGCUAAGGAUAAGGUACGAAAACUCUCUAUUUUACCCCGCGGUGAGUCAGUGCGGUGAGGGCCAUACUGAUAUUCCAACUCCAGGUCUGUCUUGCGUACAGUGGUGGUCUUGACACCAGUUGUAUCCUCAAAUGGUUGAUUGAGGAGGGUUACGAUGUCGUCUGCUUCAUGGCAGAUGUUGGACAGGAAGGUUAGAAAACUCUAUACCUGAUAUUCGCGUACAAUUCUGACCACUACCAUAGAGGACUUUGAGGCUGCAAAGGCAAAGGCAUUGAAGAUUGGAGCCGUUGCAUGCUACAUCGAGGAUAUCCGUCGAGAGUUCAUUGAGGAGCUUUGCUUCCCAGCUAUCCAAUGUAAUGCCAUCUACGAAAACGUCUACCUUCUAGGUCAGUUGCAUGUCCAUGAAUAACUCUAUCCCUAGCUUGAACUGACAUUUUAACAGGAACAUCCCUCGCCCGUCCCGUCAUCGCUCGCGCACAAAUCAAGGUCGCCCAAAAGGAGGGCUGCUUCGCUGUCUCUCACGGCUGCACUGGAAAGGGGAAUGACCAAGUUCGAUUCGAGCUCGGAUUCUACGCACUCCAACCCAACAUCAAGGUCAUCGCCCCAUGGCGUAUGCCUGUCUUCUACGAGCGCUUUGCCGGUCGUGCUGACCUCCUCGACUAUGCCGAGAAGUCCGGUAUUCCAGUCAGCAGCACAAAGAGCAAGCCAUGGAGUAUGGAUGAGAACUUGGCACACUGUAGUUACGAGGCUGGUAUUCUCGAGGAUCCAGAUGUCACUGCUCCAGCCGAUAUGUGGAAGUUGACCGUCGAUCCUUUGAACGCCCCAGAAAAGCCAGAGGACUUCACACUUGUGUUCGAGAAGGGUCUUCCAAAGAAAUUGAUCACUGCCGAUGGAAAGACCGUCACCGAUUCCGUUGAGCUCUUCCUCGAGGCCAACGCUAUCGCUCGUCGUCACGGUGUUGGACGUGUCGAUAUCGUCGAGAACCGAUUCAUUGGAUUGAAAUCUCGUGGAUGUUAUGAAACCCCAGGUCUCACCUGUCUUCGCUCUGCACACAUCGACCUCGAGGGUCUCGUCUUGGACCGUGAAGUUCGCGCACUCCGUGACCAAUUCGUCACCUUCAACUACGCCAAGGUCCUCUAUAACGGUCUCUACUUCUCUCCUGAGCGAGAGUUCUUGGAGGAAUCCAUCAUUGCCUCCCAAAAGAACGUCAAUGGACAAGUACGAUGCCGUGUUUACAAGGGAAGCUUCUCCGUUCUCGGACGCAGCUCGGAGACUGAGAAGUUGUAUGAUGCUAGCGAGAGUUCGAUGGAUGAGAUUGGUGCUUUUGCUCCAGCUGACACCACGGGCUUUAUCAGUGUCCAGGCUAUCCGUUUGAAGAAGUAUGGUGAGGCUAAGGAGGCUAAGGGGGAGCGUUUGUAAAUACCCAUCCUUCUUCUUCCGUCAUCUCUCUAUCUUCUUUUUCUAGAUUCUUCGAUUUGAGACUAGUAGGGUUUGAGCAAUUAAAAUUGUAAUGAAAAGAAUUUUCGCAUUA